ACGCACGCACGGUUCCCAUCGAUUACUGCGUCGAAUCGUCAAGUUAUCCGGCCAUAAAUCUUAAUAUUUGUGCGACUUUGUUCUUCUGUGUAAUUUUGUGACCUUACAUUUCGAUUAUUUGGAACAGGACCAACUCUCAUAUGAUACAGAUGUAGAUCCACAAAAUCUUUCCUGAAAAUUGAAGCCAUAUCACGUAUGUUACCAUGGCAACAGAGAGUGGAGGACAACGUCAGUUGCAGCUUGCAAUAAUUGAUGUAGAAGGUAUGACUUGUAACUCCUGUGUGAGGAACAUAGAGGAUCAUGUGGGUGAUACCAAUGGAGUCUAUCUUGUUAAGGUAUCACUGUCAGACAAGAGCGCAUCGGUGGCCUUUGAUCCUACACGGAUUGACCAAGCGGCAUUGAAGAAUAUGAUCUAUGAUAUGGGAUUUGAUGCUUGUUUAAGAAGCCGUGCGUCUGAUAAGAAAUGCAGCAUUGUAUCAAUCGAAGGAAUGACUUGUCACUCUUGUGUGAAAAAGAUUGAAGAGAAGCUGUCAGGUAAAGACGGUGUGGAGAAAAUCAGGGUUCUUUUAGAGCAGAAGCAAGGAGUCAUAAUGUUUAACAGUAAUAGAGUAAAUCUCCCAGACAUUGUGGAGGAGAUCAACUCUUUAGGAUUUGGAGCUGCUAUUGCAAGUGGAUCAGUUUCUGGAGACAGUGAGAAAGAGGACAGGAGUGUUGUGAUUGGGAUUGAAGGGAUGACGUGUGGCUCGUGUGUGAAGUCCAUUGAGGGUCACAUAGGGUCACUUCCUGGUGUUAGAACAAUCGCUGUCUCACUGGUCAACAAAGAAGGGACCAUCACAUAUGAUGCAAACCUGACCAGUGCAGAGAAACUUAAAGAAGCCAUUUAUGACAUGGGCUUUGAUGCUACACUUCCUGGUAACACCCCACCGACCAUUAAUAAUGGGACACCUCUUUCCAUGGUCAUUGUUGGUAUCGAAGGAAUGACUUGCCAAUCUUGCGUGCGGUCAAUCGAAGACAAGAUAGGUGCAAUGCAAGGAGUCUCCAGCAUCAAGGUUUCACUUCAAGAUAAAAUAGCAGAUGUGAAGUACAUGUCAUCUCAGAUCAAAGCAGAGGAUAUUCGCGUUGCAAUAUACGACAUGGGUUUCGAAGCUACCCUCCCAGAGAGCUUUGAUGUGGACACUGGUGACAAGAAUCAAACUGCAACCCUUCGUGUUGAAGGAAUGACAUGUGGUUCUUGCGUGAAAAGUAUUGAAGGCACCAUCUCAGAUCAUCCUGGCUUGGCAUCUAUACGGGUAUGCCUAGAAGGAAAAUCAGCAACUGUGACCUUUGACCCCCAGGUCACAACCUUGCUAGCCAUCAGGGAUGCAAUUUAUGAUAUGGGGUUUGAUUGUUUUAUGCCGGACCCUGACAAUGAAAGGACUGAAACAGGAGUACUGGGUAUCCAAGGGAUGACUUGUAAUUCUUGUGUUAAGAGCAUAGAAGGAAUGUUACUGGACAACCCUGCUGUGAGGUCAGCCAAGGUCAGCCUGAAAGAAGAAAAUGCCAUUGUGACCUUUGACCCAAACACUAUCACAAUGGAGCAACUAAGAGAAAUUGUGUAUAACAUGGGUUUUGAUGUCACGAUAAUGGAAUCCCCAUUAAUUGAGAUCAAACCACCAAAUUCAUGCAAACCAUCUCACCAACCAGCGAAUGAGCCUUUAUCCAAACAAUCACCCGUCACUUCCCAUGGUGCUUUCAUGCAAGAGGUAUCCCAAGAUUCAGCUGGACAGGAAGUGCAAGGUGACACCAACAAGAAGUGCUUCCUGCGGGUCACUGGCAUGACCUGCAGUUCUUGCGUGGCAUUGAUUGAAGGCAGGAUGUCAAAGCAUGAAGGUAUUAAGAGCAUUCGCGUAUCCCUGAUGGCUCAGAAGGCUGAAGUGAAGUAUAAUGCCAAAGACCUGUCGCCCUCAAAGAUUGCCAAUUUAAUAGAUGAUCUUGGCUUUGGUGCAGAAGUUAUUGAUGCAGACGAGUCUAGACCCAAAGAAGGGGUCAUUGAAUUACAUAUAUCUGGCAUGACAUGUUCAUCUUGUGUACAUCUAAUUGAGUCAUCUCUCGUCAAGAAACCUGGGAUUAAACUAGCAGCAGUUGCCCUGGCAACCAGUAGAGGUCACUUUGAAUAUGACCCAAACCUCAUAGGACCAAGAGAUAUUAUAUUAGCAAUUAAGGAGACGGGCUUUGAGGCCAGCUUGAUUUCCAGUGAUAAGAAUGUACAUUCCAGUGUUGAUCAUUCCCAGACCAUCAAUCAAUGGAAGAGAUCAUUCUUCAUCUCCCUUCUCUUUGGUGGACCAGUCAUUGCCAUACUGUUAUAUGAAAUCAUUCAUCAUCCCUCUCCUAAGUGUAUCUUCCCUGGGGUAUCAGUCCUCAACUUACUUCUAUUCCUCCUCUGCACACCUGUACAGUUCAUAGCAGGGCGAUACUUCUACAUUCAGGCUUACAAAUCCCUCAAGCAUGGGGCUGCCAAUAUGGAUGUCCUCAUUGUCUUGGCAACCACCAUUUCUUACACCUACUCUGUCAUAGUCCUGUUGAUAGCCAUAUGUCGGAGAUCAGAUACCAGUCCAAAGACAUUCUUUGAUGAGCCUCCCAUGCUCUACAUCUUUGUAACAUUAGGAAGGUGGCUGGAGCAUUACACCAAGGGAAAGACUUCAGCAGCCCUUGCCAAGCUCAUCUCUUUACAAGCAACAGAAGCUACCCUGGUCACCAUUGACCCCCAGGGUCAAAGGUUAGAAGAACAGAUCAAAGUUGACCUUUUGCAGCACGGUGACCUUGUCAAGGUUCGUCCUGGUGAGAAGAUUCCUGUGGAUGGGACGGUGGAGGAAGGGACGUCCAUGGUGGAUGAAGCACUGAUCACAGGAGAAUCUAUGCCAGUUACUAAGAAGACGGGGAGUACUGUUAUAGGAGGAACCAUUAAUCAGAAUGGGCUUCUGCAUGUCAAGGCCGUUCAUGUUGGUGCAGAAACAACUCUAGCAAACAUUGUCAAACUAGUAGAGGAAGCACAGACAUCCAAGGCUCCGAUCCAGAAGUUAGCUGAUCGCAUUGCAGCAUACUUUGUCCCUGGUAUUGUUAUCAUAUCCUUGAUAACACUCAUUUGUCACCUUGCUAUGGGAUUGUCUGGUUCUGGUAUGGUGCACCCAUCAAGCUCAGAGACAUUACCUGAAGACAAGACAAUGAUGAUCUGGCAGUACUCCUUCCAAUGUGCCAUUGCAGUUCUUUGCAUUGCUUGCCCCUGUGCACUGGGUCUGGCCACCCCUACGGCUGUAAUGGUUGGGACCGGGGUAGGAGCAACCAAUGGCAUACUCAUCAAAGGAGGGGAACCUCUGGAGUUAGCUCAUAAGGUAAAGACUGUGGUCUUUGACAAGACAGGAACGAUCACCCAAGGUAAACCUACUGUGACUGAUGUGACAGCAUUCAAGGGAGAGACCUACACUACAGAGAGACUCCUGGCUGUAGCUGGUUCAGCAGAGAUGGGUAGUGAACAUCCAGUAGGAGUAGCAAUAGCAUCAAGAGCUAAAGAGGUGUUUGGAACCAGUGUCCUUGCAAAGUGCAGUGAGUUUCAGGUUGUGCCUGGAUGUGGUAUCAAGUGCUCCGUCGAUGCCCUCUCCCUAGAACUCCUCCUAAGUCGUCAGCUUCGGGACAGUAGCCAGGAUACAGUCAGGGUUGAGAUUGAUAACAACACUGUGGAUGUGGUAUCUCCAAGCAGGAGCAAUGGAGGUUCAGCUGUCAUUUCUUCAGAGUCCACAGGACAUGUCGCUGCUUCUAAAGGGACUAAGACUGAUCAUUAUGUCGUUGCUAUUGGCAACCGUGAGUGGAUGCAUCGUAACUUUGUACCAAUGGCUGAUCAGAUUGAUGCUUCAUUGGGAGCAAGGGAAGAGCUCGGGCAAACUGCUGUCUUAGUGGCAAUUAAUGGUGAGCUGGUAGGUAUGAUCAGUGUAGCUGAUGCAGUCAAGCCUGAAGCAGCAGCUGCUAUCUGUACCUUGAAGAAGAUGAACCUCGAUGUCAUGCUACUCACUGGUGAUAAUAAAAAGACUGCUCAGGCCAUUGCAGGACAGGUUGGUAUUGGGCACAUCUUUGCUGAAGUUCUUCCUCAACACAAAGUGGAUAAGGUCAGGGAACUUCAGAAGAAAGGUCAUCUUGUCGCCAUGGUAGGAGAUGGGGUCAACGACUCACCUGCCUUGGCUCAAGCUGAGGUCGGUAUUGCUAUAGGAACAGGCACAGAUGUUGCUGUAGAGGCAGCCAAUGUGGUCUUGAUCAGAGAUGAUCUCCAAGAUGUGGUCGCAGCCAUUGACCUAUCACAUAAGACUGUUAAAAGGAUUCACAUCAAUUUCAUGUUUGCUCUCGUCUAUAAUAUCAUUGCCAUUCCCAUUGCCGCAGGUGCGUUGAUGCAGUGGGGUAUAGCCCUUCAACCUUGGAUGGCAGCUGGUGCCAUGCUUUACUUUCUACCUAUUGAUUGUGGUAAUGUUCUCUCUGAUAUCAUUCUCUUUACAGGUGCGUUGAUGCAGUGGGGUAUAGCCCUUCAACCUUGGAUGGCAGCUGGUGCCAUGCUUUACUUUCUACCUAUUGAUUGUGGUAAUGUUCUCUCUGAUAUCAUUCUCUUUACAGGUGCGUUGAUGCAGUGGGGUAUAGCCCUUCAACCUUGGAUGGCAGCUGGUGCCAUGGCGAUGUCAAGUGUAUCUGUUGUUACAUCAUCACUUCUACUUAAAUUUUACAAGAAGCCAGACAUAGAACAGGUUCCUCAGCACCACCUUUGGCUCUCACGAUGGCUUCCUACCGUCAACAAACACAAACCUUUAUCAACGGACGACAUUGAAGUCAACAUGCAGACUUCCAGCAAUGGCCUAUCAUGGUUGCGAAGGACCAUGGGGAGAGGUGACAGGUCGCGGGAUGGCUACGGCAUCACUUUACUUCGAGAGGAAGAUGAAGAGGGUGUCCUCUGAUUUGAAUUUUUAUGUUUGAAUUAAGUUGUUUUUGACAGGGUUGUGUAAUAAAAGUAUCUUGAACCCAUCCAUACUCCUAGUGGAACACCACCACUUUACAGGAGGCAUUGAGGCAUUAUCAAGCUACUCUUACAGAGAGAUGGUUGCAUGAUUAUAUUGAUGUCUACAAGUGACAUCACGGUGUGUUGUCAUGAUCUUGAUUUUUCAAGUAUUCUAUUCAGGUUAUUGGUGAUUAUCGAAUGGGUACCGUUCAUAAGUAAUUGCCGCCACAUGGCCAGCCGUGCAUCCGUAAAUUUGCCAUGUGUCCGGUAAUUACUUACGAAAUGGUUUUUUUGAAAAAUUGAUUUUUCACCGAAAAAUUCAACCAUUCUAUAAAAACAAAUGAUGCACAGGUUUGUUUGUGCAUUGGUAGGACUAGUGAGCAUGCGGUAAUUAUGUAAACUAGUUUAUACCCACUCUGCUGCGCCUCGUGGGUUUUAACAGUUCCAUAGUUACCUUAUGCUCACAAAACCUACUGAUGCACUCACAUCUGUGCACUCACAUCCGUGCACCAUUUGUAUAUUGAUUAUAUGUUCUUGGAACCAAGUUUGGGGGGCUCACUCAGUAUAUAAAGUCUCAUAUAUGGAGCAUGUAUCACAAAGCUUUACAUGCAUUAAGAAUCACUUUGAGAUUAGGUUGAAUUGAAAUAUAGAAAGUGAUGUCAGAAAGCUUACUUUUUGGUCCUGUUGUAAAGAUAUGAAAUCAAUAUUUAUAAGUGAUUGUAAUUCUACACAUGAAUUGCCAUCAUCCUUUGAUUUAGAGUUUUGUUCACUCAAUUACGCCACUUCAUGAAUUGUUCCUGACUUAAAUAUAUAUGUGUUGUAGCUCAUGAAAUAAAAUGAAGUCAUAAAAGUAGAUUACACUUGAGGAGCAUUCGCUUGCAGGAAAAUAUCUUUUUAUGUAACUUCCUGCUGGGAUAUGAUUCCUUGACCUUGUGAAAUAUAGUCCAACAACAUCUCCACUGAAAUUCAAAAUUCAAAUGUUUUAAAUUAGCAUUGAGUAUGCCAUAUUAGCAAGAUGCACAAUAUAUGCAUUGGUACAGCUCAAUACAUAUUAGUCUAUUGCUGACAAUUACUAUAUUUUGUAUGUCUCAAUAUUUUUUCAUGCUUUUUAACAAACUCAGUAUUUCAUAUUGCCACUUAAAAUGGAGAUUAUUUGAAAUUAUUAUAAUGCUAUUUAUUAAAUGCAUGUUUAGGAAUUGACGGAACUAGAUACUUUUGAUUCAGCAGCAGUUUUAUGUGCCUGCUGUCCAAGUUAGAGAGUGCUGGAAUGUUAUUCAGAAACUGAAUGUUUGUUGUUAUGAAGAAAUAAUGUACCCUUUCCCUGAUGAGUAGUUGAAAUAUGAGUUGAUUGAAUCAUAGGCAGAUGAAUUAGAGCAAAUUUUGUAAUAGAUUUCACAAUAAUGCAACUCAAUCUUCAUAUUAUGACAAAUGUGUUUGCAUAUAUCAAUAUAUCAUGCACCUUUUUAUUCACAUUUACAUGAUAUUGUGUUAUUUUUGUAAAUGUUCUGCCUCAAAAGGCUAUAGAUAUUUCAUUGUCCCUUUACCGGUGAGAUUUUUUCUUAAUUUGUUUAGUGAUGAAAAUGUUCAUAUUCCAUUAAUUUGGUUUUACUUUGUUUGUUUUUUGCUGACAGAUUUAUUUGAAGAGAGGUUUUUUCAGGUUAGAUCAUAUGGAUUGGAGAAUGUUAAUUUGUUCAGAUGUUCUGAUGUAUUUAUUUGUUUUAUAAUUAUGUUUUGCUUUCAAUGUACAUAUAUAUUUCUAUACAUUGUGAAUAGUACUACAAAAAAUAGCUUUAUUUUAUACAAAUUAUUUGAAAAAUACAUUAAGAUGAUGGUAUAAUAGUAGUUGCCAUUUAUAUUCAGUACUCACAAAUUUGUGAUAAAAUAUUUUUGCGCAAGAGAAAUUAUUGUUCAACAGUUUAAUUUGUCAAAUUUCAAAGUGGGGGGCUGAAGCCCCCUUAGCCCCCCCCCCCUGCUUCUGUGUGUUCACACAUUACACAUAUAAAUGUUAUUUAUGUCGUUUUUUCUUUGUAGUAUUUAUGCCCACUCUAUUCCAAUGAUUUUAUGUCAAUUGGGCAAUGUCUGUUUUGCAAAUUAAUCAUUUAUAUUGAUUAAGCAUAAUUUUUCUAUUCAAAUGAAAGUAAAAUCACCAUUGGUAAUUCAAAUUCCAAUAUUCAUCUUCCUCAUAAACGCUUUGCCCUCAACUUUUUCCUGAAAUCAGUCGUGGAAACUGUUAUUUACACUGCCCAUUCGUAGAAAAUGUUAUGUCAUUGAAGAAAAAAAAUAUUUUAACAGAAAAAUUCUGAUGGAUCAUGAAUAACAAUAUGUUAUGAAUGACUAGCUUCAUUAUUUUGGUAAUUUGAAUUGUCUUCUGAUUUAAACAAAAUGUGAAAGUAAGCUUGUAUAAAGGGAGAACAUCUUACAAGUAGUAGACUCCUCCCUGCUCCCCCCUUGAAUAUAUUUGUCUUGAUUUUUUAAAAAGAAAAUAUUGAUAUACAAAAGAAAUUACAUGCUAUGAUGGAUUGUAGAAUGUACCUAAUUUAUUUCCUACAAUUUUACAAUACAGCAUUUUGAUUAGUUAUGAACUUUUAACUAGUGGAAUCUAUCUCAUAUUAUUUUUACUAUGCACUUAUUUUCUUUCCGCACAUCUUUUACUUGUCGUGCAUAAUGAAAGAUAUGCAGUUACAAUUAUUUUAUGUAGGGUAUGACUUGGUAACAUAUCAAAGUUUCUAUUGAUUUUGCUUGCUGGAAUGUUCGAUUUCAAUAAAAUGUUUCUACAGCAUGGUUUAAAUAGUUUGCAAUAUAAAUACACAUAGCUGUGUAUAUAUGAAUGGCAGGCCAUUGGUUAUAAGAUAUACAUUAAUCAGACACAUAUCAUUGAUAUUUUUUUUUUUUAUGAUAAGAACUGAAAUUGGUAAUGGUAAUUAUUUUGUGUGCAUUAUCUUAUAUUGGAAAAUCUUUCAAUAUACCAUUGAUUAUGUUUGUGAUUGUGUUGUAGUGCAUCAAAUUUUGCAAGGUAUAUAUGUUUUACAUGUAUAUGCCUUUGUGUUGAAUUGAACUUUGGGUUUCUUAUUUUCAUGAAUGACUUCUUUCUUUUUCCAAAGAAGAAUUAUGAUUAGAAGCAAGUCAUGAAAACCUGUUUUCUAGAAAUAAGAAAAGUUCAAUAUUCCAUCAUUGAAAGUCUUUUUUUUUAUGUUUAAUUUUUCUUCCUGAUAUUGAAUAAUUUCUUUCAAAUGCUUUCUCCUCUUUUUGUGCAAAGUCUGUAUUUCAUUGAAAAUUGAAACACUCUCUGCAGAAGUUUGUCACCAUGAGCACAUGAAUGUACAAAAAAGUGCACACUUUUAUGUCCUCGUGGAUAUUUUCAAUGUAUUUAUGGAAGACUUCCUAAUAAUAUAUUAUUAUAAGAAUGAUGCUUAGAAUAGAAUCAGAGGUUAGAGGAAAGGUUGAUAAUUGAAGGAAGUGAUAAGUGUUUGUAUUAUUUUGCCUAUAAAUCCCAACUACAGAAUACAAACGAAUAAAAAUAACACCUCCCAACUAAAAUAAAGUUAUUCCAUAAUGUUUUGUUCUAUUCAAUCUGAAGCCUGGGGUGAACAUAGAAUUUGAUAAAUGCUAUUUUGUGUGGAUUGCUGGGAGAAGUAUUUCAAGUUUUACCCAAUGAAUCUUAACAGGCCUGUAUUGAAGUAAGCAUUGGCAUAAUGACUUGGUCUUGGGUUUAAAACCAAAGUGAAAUAAAUGGAAGAGGAAAAUCAUAAAGAUGUAGGGGGAAAUAUUAUGUAGGGACUCGGGUGAUUUCACCCCCGAAAUGCCCUGGAAAAUCCCAGUUCAUUGUCAUGUAAAGCUUAUCCAAUGUUGAAGAAUUAGGUAGUAUACUGUGAAAAGUAUCAUUGCUUUUUGAUUGCCUGUAAAGGUGGAUGCUCUAGAAGGUGUCUUUCAAUAGAUAAUUUGACUAGGAAAUGGUUCCUCUGUUGAGAAAUUCAUAUGUUUUAAUACAUUCAUGUGCAGAUUAGAUCAUUUAUGUGGAGUCAUCCUUCCUGCCUUGCAAAAACAAUAAACACUAUUUUUAAAACCUUGAAUAAA